AUGCUUGUGAAAUGUAGCGAUGUAGGUCAGCGGGUUGUUUCUUAGAGUUUUUCCUGUGUUUCGCUUUCCUCCGGACGAGUUCGUUUUGCGAGAGUGCCAUGGGGGAAGCAGAGAAGUUUCACUACAUCUACAGUUGUGAUCUGGACAUCAACGUGCAGCUUAAGAUAGGAAGCUUGGAAGGGAAGAGAGAACAAAAGAGUUAUAAAGCUGUCCUAGAAGAUCCAAUGUUGAAGUUUUCAGGGUUAUACCAAGAUACAUGCUCUGACCUUUAUGUUACGUGUCAAGUUUUUGCAGAAGGAAAGCCUCUGGCCUUGCCAGUGAGAACAUCUUACAAGGCAUUUAGUACAAGAUGGAACUGGAAUGAAUGGCUGAGACUACCCGUGAAAUACCCUGACCUACCCAGGAAUGCACAAGUGGCCCUGACCAUAUGGGAUGUGUAUGGACCAGGAAAAGCAGUGCCUGUGGGAGGAACAACAGUUUCGCUUUUUGGAAAGUAUGGUAUGUUUCGCCAAGGAAUGCAUGACUUGAAAGUCUGGCCCAAUGUGGAAGCAGAUGGAUCAGAGCCCACAAAAACUCCCGGCAGAACAAGCAGUACUCUGUCAGAAGAUCAGAUGAGCCGCCUUGCCAAGCUCACCAAAGCUCACCGACAGGGACACAUGGUGAAAGUGGAUUGGCUGGACAGAUUGACGUUCAGAGAAAUAGAAAUGAUUAAUGAGAGUGAAAAACGAAGUUCUAAUUUCAUGUACUUGAUGGUUGAGUUUCGAUGUGUCAAGUGUGAUGAUAAGGAAUAUGGUAUUGUUUAUUAUGAAAAGGAUGGUGAUGAGUCAUCUCCAAUUUUAACAAGCUUUGAAUUAGUGAAAGUUCCUGACCCUCAGAUGUGUAUGGAGAAUUUAGUUGAGAGCAAACAUCACAAGCUUGCCCGGAGUCUAAGAAGUGGACCUUCUGAUCAUGAUCUCAAACCCAAUGCUGCUACACGAGAUCAGCUAAAUAUUAUUGUGAGUUAUCCACCAACUAAGCAACUUACAUAUGAAGAACAAGAUCUUGUUUGGAAAUUUAGAUAUUAUCUCACUAAUCAAGAAAAAGCAUUGACAAAAUUCUUGAAAUGUGUUAAUUGGGAUCUACCUCAAGAGGCCAAGCAGGCCUUGGAACUUCUGGGGAAGUGGAAGCCAAUGGAUGUAGAAGAUUCUCUGGAGCUGUUAUCCUCUCAUUACACCAAUCCAACAGUGAGGCGUUACGCUGUGGCCCGAUUGCGACAGGCUGAUGAUGAGGAUUUAUUGAUGUACUUGUUACAGCUGGUCCAGGCUCUCAAAUACGAAAAUUUUGAUGACAUAAAGAAUGGGUUGGAACCUACAAAGAAGGAUAAUCAAGGCUCAGUGUCAGAGAGUGUGUCAAAUUCAGGAAUAAAUUCUACAGAUAUCGAUAGCUCCCAAAUUAUAACCAGCUCUAUUCCUUCUGUGUCCUCCCCUCCUGCUGCAUCUAAAACAAAAGAAGUCUCAGAUGGUGAAAAUCUGGAGCAAGAUCUGUGCACCUUCUUGAUUUCAAGAGCCUGCAAGAACUCAACACUGGCUAAUUAUUUAUACUGGUAUGUUAUAGUGGAAUGUGAAGAUCAAGAUACUCAGCAGAGAGAUCCAAAGACCCAUGAGAUGUAUUUGAAUGUAAUGCGAAGAUUCAGCCAAGCGUUGUUGAAGGGUGAUAAAUCUGUCAGAGUUAUGCGUUCUUUGCUGGCUGCGCAACAGACAUUUGUGGAUCGGUUGGUGCAUCUAAUGAAAGCAGUGCAGCGUGAAAGUGGAAAUCGUAAGAAAAAGAAUGAGAGACUACAGGCAUUGCUUGGAGAUAAUGAAAAGAUGAAUUUGUCAGAUGUGGAACUUAUCCCAUUGCCUUUAGAACCCCAGGUGAAAAUUAGAGGAAUAAUCCCUGAGACAGCUACACUAUUUAAGAGUGCCCUGAUGCCUGCACAGUUGUUCUUUAAGACAGAAGAUGGAGGCAAAUAUCCAGUUAUAUUUAAGCAUGGAGAUGAUUUACGCCAAGAUCAACUUAUUCUUCAAAUCAUUUCACUUAUGGAUAAGCUAUUACGGAAAGAAAAUUUGGAUUUGAAACUGACACCAUAUAAAGUAUUAGCCACUAGCACAAAACAUGGCUUCAUGCAGUUUAUCCAGUCAGUUCCUGUUGCUGAAGUUCUUGAUACAGAAGGAAGCAUUCAGAACUUUUUUAGAAAAUAUGCACCAAGUGAGAAUGGGCCAAAUGGGAUAAGUGCUGAGGUCAUGGACACUUAUGUUAAAAGCUGUGCUGGAUAUUGUGUGAUUACAUAUAUACUUGGAGUUGGAGACAGACACCUGGAUAACCUUUUGCUGACAAAAACAGGAAAACUCUUCCACAUAGACUUUGGAUAUAUUUUGGGUCGAGAUCCGAAGCCUCUUCCUCCUCCAAUGAAGCUGAAUAAAGAAAUGGUAGAAGGAAUGGGGGGCACACAGAGUGAACAGUACCAGGAGUUCCGUAAACAGUGUUACACAGCUUUUCUCCACCUCAGGAGGUAUUCAAAUUUGAUUUUGAAUUUGUUUUCUCUGAUGGUUGAUGCAAACAUUCCAGAUAUUGCUCUUGAACCAGAUAAAACUGUUAAAAAGGUUCAGGAUAAAUUCCGUUUAGACCUGUCGGAUGAAGAGGCGGUACAUUACAUGCAGAGUCUGAUUGAUGAAAGUGUCCACGCACUGUUCGCCGCAGUUGUAGAGCAGAUUCACAAGUUUGCCCAGUACUGGAGAAAAUGAAGCUGGGUUUGGCCUCUCAAGAUGUUCAUCUCAGUAAGAAAUCCACAUUGGAAGCUACUUAUGUAUAAUGAGGACUUCAGAGUAACAAGAAGGAAAAAAACAUAAUCUUCAAGAUACCCUAUGUGUCCUUGGAUUGCUUACAUAUGGUCUUGAAGGGUUUAUUUUGACAUAUUGUAUAUAUUUGUUUUCAAAUGUAUGAAUUGUUAAUAACUUAAGAAGCCUAUUCCAGAAUUAUGUACAUAUUAUUAGAGCUCUGGAUAAAUUUCAUAUUGAAAUAGUAAAAUAUUUUAGUCUUUUGAGUUUAAACAGUCGUUUAUUUCUCAUAUCUGUAAACCAGGACAGCAGUUAUAUCAAUCUGGGUUAAUUUCCAUUUACAAUUUUUUUUUCUUCUUCCCUUCCUUCCCUUUUUGUCUCCCCUCCUUUUAUUUAUUUAUUUUUUGCCAAAUUUACUCAAUUAAACUUUUACCUAAUUUUAUCCUAAACUUUUUUGAAUUUUUAUAUGCUGUAUUUUUUUUUCUUUGCAGUUAAAGAACUAUUUUGAGGGAGCCUUUGUCUAUAGGGGUGGUCAGGGAGGAUCCCACUGACAGUGGACUCCACAGAGUGCUGGGCAUGUGUGGUCCAAGCAUAGAACCUGUGUACAUGGUGUUCUGGCAGUACUGAGCAGCUGGGCGUGUGGAAACAGGUGUAUACAAAGACUCACCAUGGGACAAUUUUCCCAACAUGUAGACAGGCAGACAGAAGGCUUACCAUGUAGGGGAAAAAUUAUUUAUAUUCUAAAAAGAUACUUUCUGUUAUUUACAAAUACUAUUUUUUUCCUGAAAACUGUAAUUCUCCCAGAUUGUAAGUAUGUAAAGUAAGAUAUAAAAGUGUAGCUAUCUGAAUAACUGGCCAAAAGGUAGGAGACUAAAGAUUUUAUUAUUAAGCAUAAGAUAUUUUUACAUACUCAGGACAGUGUAAAUUAUCUUUGCAAUAAAUCCUUUUUUUUUUGGUGUAAACUUGGUUUUCAAAAUUUUUUUGAAAAAGUUUGUGAAGUUCAGUUAACAUAAUACAUCCUUUAUAAUUUAAGCAAAAUAAAUUUUUGUCCUUUAAGACCAGAAGUUAAUUAAUACAUCUAUCUUUGCCUCAUGGAACUUUAGGAUAAAAGGAACAUUAUAUAAAUGAUGUGAGCAACAUAUUUGUAAUCUUUGCAGGUUAACAUGUUGCAUAGUCAUAGGACAUUGCCUUAGAAGAAGAAGAAUAUUUUGUUCUUUCAUUACUGAAUAAGUAUUAAAUAUUAAAUGACAGGAAAGGUGAUGUUUACAUUUCAGAGAAUACCACUAUAUUAUUUGCCAUCAGAACCUUAUCUGUGAGCUUGCUUAUUUCUAGUGGGCUUACUAACCUGAAAGCAAGCGUAUAAUUAUGCAUCCAAGAGAAAUAUGGAAUAUAAUUUGUAUAAAACAUUUGCAGAUUAGAAAAAUGAUAAAAAUGGAAAGACUUUGUAAAUCAUCUUAGGAAAGUUUAUACUAAACUAAUUGGGAAGUUCCACUCUUAAUCCCCUAUAUUCCCCCACAUAAGUAUGUCAUUUUUUAUUACAUAGACCUCCUCUCCUCUCCUCUCCUCUUUUAUCCUUUCUCAUCCCCUCCCCUCUUUUCAUUUGAAAGACAAACAGAUAGAGUUUAUGUCUGCUAAUUCAUUCUCCCAAACAGCCAUUGCAUUGCCAAGUCAGAGUCAGUAGCACAGAAUUCAAUCCAGGUCUCCCACAUGGAUAGCAGUGACCCAGCUCCUUGAGCUGUUACCCCUGCUUCCCAGGGUGUGCAUUAGUAGGAACCUGGAAUAGAACCUGGAAUAGAAAGGAGGUAGGCACCUUAAUAUGGGAUGUGGGCAUCCCAAGUAGCCUUUUUUUUUUUUUUUUUAAGGUUUAUUUUAUUUAUUUGAAAGAGCUACAGAGAGGGUUGGAGGAGAGAGACCUUCCAUCCUCUGGUUCACUCCCCCAAAGGGCUGCAAAGGCCAGGGCAGAGCCAGGCUAAAGCCUGGAGCCCCUUCCAGGUCUCCCACAUGGAUGCAGGGACAGGUCUACAGCAACAACUCGUUUCUGGUGCUGCAGUGGAAAUCCGUCAUGUACAAUAUGAGGGUACUUCAGAAUGUUUGUAGAAAAUGGAAUUGAAAGAUCAGUUAGCUUUGGUGCAAAACAUUCUGAAGAAAGUCCAUAGUUUUUUUGUAAUAGGCAGUUUGCAUGAAAUUUUUGAAGACCUUGUAUGCGUGUUUUUUUUUUUUUUUUUGCACUGAAACAUCUUUUAAUUCCAAUUUUCUGUGAAAUUUUUGAUUUAUCUUUUGUACUUAUAAACAAAUGGGUAUGGAGGGUGGGUAGGAGUAUGGGCAGGAGGGAGGGUAGCAUGAGAAGUAUCACUAUGCUCCUAAAUCUGUGUAUAUUA